UCGACCUCCCCUCUCUCUUCCACGCUUUGCAUCUAUCAUCUAUUGCCCCACAGGUCUCGCAAAGACUUCACCAUGACGCACACGCACGCAGAGCACAAGGACAUCUACCUCUUUGGCUUCCCAAUCGCCCACUCUGGUGCUCCAAGCCUGCACAACCUGGUCUUCGAGUCCAUCGGCAGCCCAUGCACCUACAAGCUGUGGUCGACGUCGGCGGUGACCCAGGCUGUGUUGGACGAGCUGCGAAGUGCCUCUUCCGGAGGAGCAGCGGUGACGAUGCCCCUGAAGGCUGAGAUUAUGAAGUACCUCGACGAGAUCAGCCCCGAGGGCUACGCAACAGGCGCUUGCAAUACUGUCGUGCCGGUUGAAGUGAACGGGCAUCGCAAACUGGUCGGCACCAACACCGACUUCCUUGGCGUGCGCAACUCCCUCCUCGCGGCCUUGGGAACACAGCACCCCGGAGUGUCCGUCGGCACGACAGCGACGUAUGCGCCCGGCCAGGCGAGCGGGAUGGUGAUCGGUGGAGGAGCAACCACGCGCUCGGCCGUACACGCUCUCUACACAUUGGGGAUGAACCCGAUCUUCUUGGCCAACCGCGACGCAGCAGAGGUGGCGGACACGAUCGCGCACUUCGACUCGCGCAGUGACCCCGCCAAUCCCAACCGCCUGCGCUUGAUCCACCUGACGUCUGUCGAGCAGGUCGAGGGACACCUGGGGCCCAACGCAACAGACCGCCUUCCAGGCAUCGCCAUGGUCGUCGGCGCCAUCCCUGCCAUCGCGCCCAAGAGCUUCGAGGAGCGCAUGGUAUACACCAUCGCAACCCACAUUUUCACUCUUCCCUUCCAGCCCGGCAACGCCACCGGCGACCUCCCCAUUCCGUCCCCGCGCAUAUUCCUCGACAUGGCGUACAAGCCGCGGCUGACGCCGUUGCUCAAGAUCGCCGCCGCGCUCGGGUGGCAGGACGUUGGCGGCGUCCAGGCCAUGAUUGAGCAAGGGCUCGCGCAGCAGCGCAUGUGGAAGAUGGGGAGCUCGAGCGUCGCGGUCGCGUCGGACGAGUCUAUCCUCGACGCCGAGACGUGCCGCAAGGCGCGCGUGUUCGUCGAGAACAUGACUGACAUUGUGCCGACUGAACCGGAGGUGGAUCGUGCCAAGACUUCUGUGUAGGGUGAAGGAUAUAGGAUGUAUCAGUAUCGACGGG